AAAGUAAACAGAAUCCACAAAAGUUGCAGUGAUUUUAAAAAUAGAUAGAAAACAGGCCAUCUGCCUCUUAACGUAGCGUAGCAGGAAGGAUUAAAUCCAGAUUAUGGUGGAGUCAAAGUGUGUGUGUGUGUGUGUGUGUGGUCAUCAGUGUGUCCUUGACUACACAGACAAGCAGCAGGUUAGCUAAGAACUACAGUCGGAUUUCACAGCUAAAGAAGCCAAAACUGAAGGACAGCACUUUUUCAUCAACAAAGUCAUUUUCAUCUUAGCAGGCCAGGAAGUUUCAGAACUCACGAUGGCCUUUUUGCUCAAGAGUAUGAUUGGGAACCCGUUGUCGGGAAUGGGCCUCGGUGGCGGAGGUGACAAAGAAGAAGAGGCCACCCCCUCGGAUCCAGCUAAAGCAGCGGGAAUGACCCGUGAGGAGUAUGAAGAGUACCAAAAACAGCUGGUGGAGGAGAAGAUGGAGAGAGAUGCUGAUUUCUUACACAAGAAGGCAGAAAGAGCGACGCUCAGAGUUUGCCUCAGAGACAAGUACCGACUGCCAAAGAGUGAGCAGGACGAGAACAUGAUCGAGAUGGCCGGGGAUGACGUGGACGUGCCAGAGGAGCUCCUCAAGAUGGUGGAUGAGGACGCCACAGAGGAAGAGGGCAAGGACUCCAUCAUGGGCCAGAUACAGAAUUUGCAGAACAUGGACAUGGACCAGCUCAAAGAGAAAGCCUCAGCGACCAUGACUGAGUUGAAGAGUAAAGCGGAGGAGAAGUGCUCCAUCAUGUGAGCCCACUUCAAUGGCGGCGAGGGAAUUUCAAAAGGAAAUUCAAUCCAAACACCAUCUGGGAAUCAACAGUCCACAGUGUGUCAAAAUUAAGAAGAUUCUGUACCUAAAUAUGACAUUUAUUUACACAUUAUUACAGUUAGUGGUGUGAACACCAAAUGAGGCUUCACGAAGCACUGGCUGUUUUUUCUGAGCCCACUAGAUGGCGGCGUGACUUCAUAAAAGCAUUCAAAUGAAAGUGC